CUGCGUGAGACUAAGUACUCUCCGAGGCGGCUGUUUCUGUAUCCAGAGCAAACAGCCUUGCCCAGGAAUGAAAAGAUUACAAGGCCGCAUUGUGUCCUCUACAAUUUUCCUUCAUACAUUUUAUGCAGAAAAUCACAGAACAAAGGCUAAAGAUGAAUUUUACAAUAUUGAGAAGAUUUGGAAUUAAAAUAACAUUAUCACCACGUCCUUUCUCCUCUUUUUCACUGUGUUUGGGUCUUGGAGAACUCAUUUUGGUUACUGGUUUUAAAUCGUCUGGAGAUCGUCUAAGUGCUAAUUUGAGACGACUUUUCUCCACCUGUCAAACUGGUAACGAUUGGUAAUACUCUGUUCCAGCGCAGUUGGUGUGAGCUCAUUUUCUGGAAGAUAAUCUGGCAAUAGAUUUUAAGAGUAACCUUCAUAAAGUGUACCAGGCCGUAGAGGAGGCAGACUUCUUCGCCAUCGAUGGGGAGUUUUCAGGAAUCAGUGAUGGACCAUCAGUCAGUGCCCUGACAAAUGGUUUUGACACUCCCGAAGAGAGGUAUCAGAAGCUUAAGAAGGUAUAUCAUGAAGUCAUUUAACUUCUAUGUUUUCCCGAAACCCUUCAAUCGAUCCUCACCCGAUGUCAAGUUUGUCUGUCAGAGCUCCAGUAUCGACUUUUUAGCGAGCCAGGGAUUUGAUUUCAAUAAAGUUUUUCGCAAUGGAAUUCCGUAUUUAAAUCAGGAAGAAGAAAGACAGUUGAGAGAGCAGUAUGAUGAAAAACGUUCUCAGGCCAAUGGUGCAGGAGUUCUGGCGUAUGUGUCUCCUAACACUUCAAAAUGUCCUGUGACAGUUCCUGAGGAUCAGAAGAAGUUUAUUGACCAAGUAGUAGAGAAAAUAGAAGAUUUAUUACAAAGUGAAGAAAACAAGACCUUGGAUUUAGAGCCGUGUACUGGAUUUCAAAGAAAAUUAAUUUAUCAAACUUUGAGCUGGAAGUAUCCCAAAGGCAUUCACAUUGAGACUUUAGAAACUGAAAAGAAGGAGCGAUACAUAGUUAUCAGCAAAGUGGAUGAAGAAGAACGCAAAAGAAGAGAGCAACAGAAACAGGCUAAAGAACAGGAGGAACUAAAUGAUGCUGUAGGAUUUUCCAGAGUCAUUCAUGCCAUUGCCAAUUCAGGAAAACUCAUUGUUGGGCACAAUAUGCUCUUGGACGUCAUGCACACAAUUCAUCAGUUCUACUGCCCUCUGCCUAUGGACUUGAAGGAGUUUAAAGAGAUGACAACAUGUGUCUUCCCCAGACUGUUGGAUACUAAAUUGAUGGCCAGCACACAACCAUUUAAGGAUAUCAUUAACAACACAUCCCUCGCAGAAUUGGAAAAGCGGUUAAAAGAGACACCCUUCAACCCUCCUAAAGUUGAAAGCGCAGAAGGUUUUCCAAGUUAUGACACAGCUUCCGAACAGCUCCACGAGGCAGGCUAUGAUGCUUAUAUCACAGGACUGUGCUUCAUCUCCAUGGCAAAUUACCUAGGUUCUUUUCUCAGUCCUCCAAAAAUUCAUGUGUCUGCCAGAUCAAAGCUCAUUGAACCUUUUUUUAACAAGUUAUUUCUGAUGAGGGUCAUGGAUAUCCCCUAUCUAAACUUGGAAGGACCAGACUUGCAACCUAAACGCGAUCAUGUUCUCCAUGUAACGUUCCCCAAAGAGUGGAAAAGCAGUGACCUUUAUCAGCUAUUCAGUGCCUUUGGUAACAUUCAGAUAUCCUGGAUUGAUGAUACAUCAGCAUUUGUGUCUCUCAGCCAGCCUGAACAAGUCCCAAUUGCUGUCAAUACCAGCAGAUACGCAGAAAGCUAUCGGAUCCAGACCUAUGCUGACUAUGUGGAGAAAAAACAGGAAGAGAAGCAGAUCAAGAGAAAGUGGACAGAUGACAACUGGAAGGAAGUAGAGAAAAAGCGACUGAGCACACAGAGCUUGUCCCACACACUGCAAAGCCACUAUUACCCUCCUGGCAGCUUUACAACCACGGGUACAGUCAGAAAGAGAAAUUUGAGCCCUAGUCCAGAAGCUGGCUCAGAGGACAGUAUAUCGGGGAAGAUUUCUGACUCUGAGCUUGAGCAGAUGGAUUCCUGUGCAGAAUCCUUCUCAGAGGGAAGGAAAAAGGCCAAGAAAUUAAAAAGAAUGAAGAAAGACCUUACUUCAGCAGGAAGCGUCGCAGUCAGCCCUGCCAAGCUCUUUGAAGUUCCCGACACAUGGUAACCAAGGCCAGAGGGAAGCAAACUGCUGGUGCUGUCGCUGUGAGAGAGCCAGCCAGCACAUUUGGAAGCCAUACUGAAUUUAAUCAAAUGUGGUAUGGGAGGGCUUUGAAACCAAGGACAUCUCCCGAAAAGACCAAUUUUUAUUUUUGUGGCUGUUUCUCUUUCCUUUUUAAAUGUAAAGUAACUCUUGACACACACCACAUUUGUAGGCUGCCGUGAACACCUACGUUAUUAACUCCGUAAUCAUUGUUGCUCCUGUGAAACCCAUCCUGACGUGAAUUAGUGUCUGAGAACCCACCUGAGAAGUGCCUGAGAAGUGAACUGAACACCGAGACGAGCCAACGUGAUGGGCGCUGUGAUCACGGAUCUGGGGUUGAACUCUCCUGCAUAAAGAGGUGCUCAUUCCUCCUGUGCUGCUCAGCUUGUGGGACACCGCUGGUUGUGGUCACAGUCUCCCGGUGUGAAACUGGUGUGUCCCUGUGCUUUCCACCGUAGCCGCCUGAAAGUAGUUCAUGUUCAGGCUUGUCUUCCCAGCAGGAAGACGUCUACCAGUGUCAGACCCUGUCUUAGUGUAUGCCUUGGCCCUUGGGGCAUAUUUAUGUAGAGCUAUUUUUCCUAAGACGUGAGUUUUUCAUGGGAGGUAUUUGGGUAAAAAUUGAUUUCUGUUCUUACGUGAAUGCUGUGGUCAAUUUGCCGUGUCGGCGCCUGGUUGUCCUUUCCAUUACAUGUCUCUGCGUGUGUUUGGGGUACAGUGGCAUGUGUCCAUACAUGCGUGCAUAUGAGUGAAAUCAUGACAAAGCUACAUGUAUCAGCCCUUUCUGUAAACACAUCAUAACAGCUGAAAAAUUUUAAAAAGUCAUGGAUCUCCUUCAGUAGAUCUGCUCCGGAAAGAUCAUUGUUAGAUAUUUAACAUUUUGUAUUGUGGAAAUAAGGACGAAAAUGUAUUUCCAAUGAUAAAAUUAAAGAAAUUUUCAUAGAA